GAACGCGAUCUGAACAUCGCGCAUACGGACGGCGAAGGAGACAGUAGUGGCAAUGGAAGGUGCUCUGAAGGACUGUCCGUUUCCAGAAGUGGCGAAAGCUCUACAGCCGUAUAUCAAGUCUCGGCAGGAGGCGCAAGAUAUACGACGAGGACUCCAGGCCAGCCUCCCGGUAUCACCCUUAGAUACUUCUCGCUCUGCUCAUCCGGAUAUCAACGAGCGCGGAGGGCUUACUGGUGUGCGCAAAGCAUACUUGCGAGCUCUGCAAGCGCACAGGUCCGCACAAGAGCGAUAUGAUUCGCUCAAAACAGAGCUAGACAAGAUUUCGCAGACCGGAUCUGGCCAAGGUGCACAAACAGAUGGCACAUUCUUGAACGAGAGCUACGUUCCACUUGUUCGACAACGAGAGAAGAGACGCAAACUCGAUGUGAUCGACAAGACUCUAGCCACAAUCGCCACUACUGGAGAAGAUGUUGUCUCAUCAUCCUUCGACAAAGUGGUGAAACGUGAAGUCGGCGAACUACCUCAUCCACCCUCAACUGCAGGCUAUGCAGAUCGCGAACUUGGAUCAGACGCAGACUACGAUGUCACCCGACUCAAGAAGGCCAUUUUGGCAACCCAGCAGGAGAUUGAAGAACACGAGCAAGCAUCAGUUCAAGCCAAUGGGGUCGCAGAUGGCGACGUCAAUCCCGUGGCCGACCUCAAAGCACUACAAAAGACACACAAUGAACUCACUACUUGGAUGGAAAAGCAACUCGCCAUGAUUAGCGAUCUUGAAAAUACCAAAGACGGAGACAACUCCGCCCACUCGGCCCCAGACCACCAUCACCCAAACGAAGAAGCGCCCGCCUUCUCUCUCACCGACAUCGAAAGCUUGUACGAACAAUACCUCGACUCCCGCCAACGUCUCCUCGAGAUAGUAUCAACCCAAGAGCAAGACUCUUACGACAGCCCGCCCUCUUCCCCAGAAAGCUCCCGCCGCAGCGUCUCUGGCAUCCUCGAAUCCGACACAACAACUAUUGCCAAUACCUCCGAACUCCUCCUCCCCUAUCUCACGCGCUUAACCCAUACCAAACAAUCAGAGCAAUCUCUCCUCCAACAGACAGGCUUCAUGCGUCGACAAAUCUCAACCGCAGAAUCCCGUACGCAAGAGAUGCUUGGAAGACUCGCGGACGAAAGCCAUUUAGUGCAGCCCGAACAUCGUCGCGGAGAGCCUCAAGCUAGAGACUGGAAAGUCGCGGCAGAAGAAGCGAGUGCUACGACUCUGCAGACGGCGAUGAAGAAACUGCAGACUGGUGAAGUAGCAGCGGAGAGUGCGGCGAGAUCACUUGAUGCUAUUCAGAGCAUGCCGAGGUCGAUUGAGUCCUUGACAGAGUAGGAUGGAUACCGUGUGUACAUAGACU